AUGACCAGCGCAAAAUUAUGGGGAGGUCGAUUCACAGGCGCCGUCGAUCCAUUAAUGGACGCAUUCAACGCUUCAAUUCACUUUGACAAACGCAUGUACGAAGCAGAUAUUCGUGGAUCACAAGCAUACGCAAAAGCACUAGCAAAACGUGGAAUCAUCACCGAACAAGAAAGCACGACGUUAGUUACCGGACUAGAAAAAGUAUUAGACGAAUGGCGCAAUAAUACAUUUGAGAUUAAACCGGCCGACGAAGAUAUUCACACGGCUAAUGAACGACGAUUAGGUGAAUACGUCGGUAGUGUGGCUGGUAAAUUACACACCGGACGAAGUCGAAAUGAUCAAGUUGCUACGGAUUUGCGGAUUUGGACUAGAGAUGAGACGAGAAAAUUGUUGGGUCAUUUGAAGCAGUUGAUCGGUGCUUUUGUUGAACGAGCAGAGAAAGAAGUUGAUGUCUUGAUGCCUGGAUAUACACAUUUACAAAGAGCACAACCAAUUCGCUGGAGUCAUUGGCUUCUAAGUUAUGCGUGGAGUUUACAAGCAGACGCACUUCGUCUCUCGCAAAUAAUCGAUCGAUUGAAUGUUCUUCCAUUGGGAAGUGGUGCAUUAGCUGGAAAUCCAUUCAACAUCGAUCGUGAAUUUGUCGCUCAAGAGCUGGGAUUCAACGGCGUAAUUCAGAAUAGUCUUUACGGCGUCAGUGAUCGUGAUUUUGUUGCCGAAGUAUUGUUCUGGGCGUCGGUCACAAUGGUGCAUAUUAGUCGGCUAUCGGAAGAUUUGAUUAUUUAUAGUUCGGGAGAAUUUGGAUUUGUUACUCUUGCGGACGCUUAUAGUACUGGAAGUAGUUUAAUGCCACAAAAGAAAAAUCCGGAUAGUUGUGAACUUUUACGCGGAAAAUCUGGACGCGUAUUUGGACAGUUAUCCGGGUUUUUAAUGACAUACAAAGGUCUUCCAAGUACAUACAACAAAGAUCUUCAAGAGGAUAAAGAACCAUUGUUUGAUGCUGUCGAAACUCUAGCAGGAUCAUUACAAAUCACUGCGGGCGUUAUUUCGACUCUAAAGAUUCAUCCGGAGAAAAUGCAGCAAAAUCUAAGUAUUGAUAUGUUGGCUACCGAUUUAGCAGAAUAUCUUGUUCGAAAAGGGGUUCCAUUCCGUGAAACCCAUCAUAUCGCUGGUGCUGCAGUCCGCAUAGCCGAAGAACGAAACACCACAAUGAGCAACCUCUCGUUAUCAGACUUCAAACAACUUCACGUCGCAUUCGAGGAAGAUGUGUCUGCCGUGUGGGAUUUCGAAAAGAGUAUUGAGAAUCGGUCGAGUUUAGGCGGGACUAGUCGUGCUACGGUUGUUGCACAGAUUGAAAAGUUGAGGAAUUGGUUGCUUGAGUGA